UCAACCACUGCAUUUUUAUCACUACAGCAGUUGGACGAGUUUUGUAAUCUUGACUGAAAUAGGGCGGGUUUGGUUUUGCUCCAGAUAACUUUCGUGUUUCAGUGGGGUUUUCUUAAAUAAAUAUAACUUAUACCGCUACGAAAAUUUGAAUACGAUGCUCGCGGUUUUAUUUAUUUGCGGAGGACUCGUCGCUAUUUACCUGCUGCUGUGCGUCACGGUUUUGAAAAUACCCAAAUGUAAAAGCACAGCCAAACUGCACGGGAAAACUGUCAUUGUGACGGGAGCAAACACUGGUAUUGGUAAAGUUACAGCUCUGGACCUGGCGAGGAGAGGAGCUCGGGUGAUUUUAGCCUGCAGAAACGAAAGCAAAGGCCUGGCUGCGGCCACAGACAUCAAAAGGGAAACUGGAAACAAUGAUGUGUUUUAUAUGCACUUGGAUCUGGCAAGCCUGCAGUCUGUGAGAUCAUUCGCUGAUAACUUUCUCAAGAAAGAAUCCAGAUUGGAUAUCCUCAUCAACAAUGCUGGUCUUUUAGCAGGUGGCAAAACUGAAGAUGGCUUUGGAAUGAUCUUCGGUGUCAACCACCUCGGUCACUUCCUUUUAACUUUGCUCCUGUUGGAUCGGCUGAAAGAGUCCGGUCCCAGCAGAGUUGUCACUGUCGCUUCACUGGCUCAUUUGUGGGGGAAUGUUGACUUUAACUGCAUCAACACUCAUAAAGAUUUGGGGUUGGGAAAUUCAUCUAUGGUCUUGUUGAAGCUGUACGGUCACAGCAAACUUUGCAAUAUGCUCUUCACUCACGAGCUGGCCAAGAGACUGAAAGGCACUAACGUUACCUGCUACAGUCUUCAUCCAGGAGCCAUCAAAACUGACAUCAACAAUAACUGCAGCUUAUUUUGGAGGCUGAUCAUGAUCCCAGCUAUGUUUCUUUUCUAUACCGAUGUGCAAUCUGGAGCUCAGACAUCUCUUUAUUGUGCACUUCAGGAGGGUCUGGAGCCUCUGAGCGGAUGCUACUUUUCCCAGUGUGAUGUGGGAAAGGUUCCUGCUAAAGCCAGGGAUGAUGCCGUAGCUAAAAAACUUUGGGAAGUCAGCGAGAGCCUCUGCGGUUUAGCAUAAAUAUGUACCACUAUAGUGAAUUGCAUUUGCACAAAUUCAGGGGCACCAAUGUACAUCUUCAAUAAAA